AGCUAUCUCCAUUCUACGCGUUCAUGUCGAAAACGAGUACAAAAAAGAGCGAUCGUUCGCCGGCGUGUUCCACGACUCGUCGAAUCGAAUAUAAUUUCGGGUCGAUUUGAUUAGUAUAACCGCCGCCGGUUGCACCGAUUCGCGUUGUUUUCCGUUCUGCUUAUUGUUCAAAAAAUCUCAUUUUUCUACUGUUAAAUACUCACCAGAGAGUAUUAUAACAUUGGAACUUAUCAUCGCCGAACACUUAAAUAGGAACCCAAUUAACGAGUAUUAUAAUAUAAUUUAUUAUUAUAAGAACAACGAUGUUGGGUGAAUCGGACGAGUUUUCGGAAAUACUGAAAACCGGCUUCCCGAUGUAUCUGUUGAUCGCCAUCCCGUUGCUGUUGGUCAUGAGUCCGGUGUGUCCGGCGAACGCUGCGCACGAGUUUACCGUGUACCGCGCCCAACAGUAUAGUCUACAAGGCGCCACAUACGGUUCAAAGAGCAGUAUAAUCAACUUGGAGGCCAGAUCCUUGAAAACUUGGAGCAGUCGGUCGAGGCAUUGUGUGUUUGUACUGAUGGACAAUUUCACAACGGAAGGGUACGAACAAAUAGCAUCCGGAUCCGGUGCCUUAGUGCUGGUUGUACCGCCCGCGCCAUACACUCGAGAGCAACAGACUACAAUGCUAGAAAUAGAGCAAACCAUUUUAUUGUCCGAUACUUCCAUACCAGUAUACAUAAUUAAUUGGUCUACUGAAGUCAACGACUUAAUGAUAGAUUUGGCUGAUAGUAAAAUUAUAGAUGAAAAUGCAAGUUCUGCAGCCAAAGCUUUCAUUAAUUCAGUUUCUGCAAACGGAUAUCAAAUAGUAGUAUCAGCAAAUAAACCAGUUUUGCAACCAAAUAUUGCCAUAUCAACUAUUCAGGGUCAAUUGAUUGGAUAUGGAUUUCAAGAUAAGUUACCCAGUAUUUUGAUAGUUGCUCAUUACGACAGUUUCGGUUUGGCGCCGGAAUUAUCAUACGGCGCUGACAGUAAUGGUUCAGGAGCUGCUAUACUUUUACUUUUGGCCAAAAUACUUAGUCGAGUUUAUUCAGAAAAAAAUAGACCCAAGUAUAACGUCAUGUUUAUUUUGAGUGGUGGUGGUAAGCUCAACUACAUAGGAUCUAAAAACUGGAUAGAACAACAAAUGGAAAAAUCCAAUACACUACUAGAUGUGUCAUUUGUAUUGUGUUUAGACUCGUUGGGCAGCGAUAAGAAUAUUUAUGCUCAUGUUUCAAAACCACCAAAAGAAGACACCAAAAUGGGAAAUUUUAUGAAUGAACUUAAUAAUAAUUUAGGAGAAAAUGGACUGAAAAUAAUUCAUAAAAAGAUAAAUCUGGGCAGUGAUACACUAGCUUGGGAACAUGAAAGAUAUAGUAUAAGAAGGUUGCCUGCUUUCACUCUUUCUAGUUUAAAAAAUCACAAAAACAGUUCAAGGAGAUCAAUUUUGGAUACAAGCGAAUCGUUAGAUUCAAAAAUUGUAUAUCGCAAUGCUCAGAUUAUAGCUAAAACUUUAGUUGCUCAUCUGUAUGAUUAUAAUACAUCUGAAACCCCCAAAGUUAAUGUCGAUUUUGAGUCGUUACGUACUUCAUUGGAUUUAUUAGUUUUACAGCCUAGAUCCGCACAAAUAAUAGCUCAAAAAAACCAUCCAUUAGUUGAUAAUUUAUUUUCAUUGAUGAGUAAAUAUUUAAAGGAUGUUAAUGUGUCUCAACUGACUGCAGACAAGGUUGAUCCACAGUUUUCAUUUUACACGGUUACCAGGGCUACUUUACAAGUUUACAGUGUUAAACCAGCAGUGUUUGAUCUCAUUCUUACCCUAGCAAUAGCUGUUUACUUGACAAUAGUCUACUUCUUUAUUCAGUUUGUACCAAUUAUAUAUGAUUUAUACAUUGGUACAUCAAAACCAGAACCUGUUACUAGUUUGCCGAAGAAAAAUAACCGCAAAGAAAAACAACGAUAAAUAUAUUUAUUUAUUUCCUGUUUUAUUAUUUUGUUUAUAUAUUUCUAUAUAAAUAUAAAUUAUUUUUUUUUGCUCAAAGCGAAUUUUUGUAGUCAACUUAAAUAAAUGUAAUGUUUUUUCUUUUUUAGUUAUUUUAACACUAGUAAAAAGUGUUACAGUAUAUUUUUUAAAAAACAUCAGUUUAGUAAAUUAUUGAAAUGUAGUGAAAUUAAUUAAUCACUAGUGAUCCCCCUCAGUUUACUUUUUACUAUUCUAAUUUUGACUGAUUAGAGUAUUGAUUUUAAAAUAUAAUUUUGUUUCUAAGUGUAAUGAGUUGUAAAAUUUUUUUUACGUAAUCCAUACGACGAACAAUAUUUAUAACUUAUAAUAAUAUGUUUAUAACAACACUGCCUGUGUUUGCUCAUUUUUGAGACAAAUCACUUAAAAGUUAAAAUGUCAAAGUUGGAACACUUGAAUAUGCAAUAGUUAAUGAAGUGUAACAACUAACAAAUAAUGGUUAUUUUUUCAUUAGUUUAUAAUAAUUUUUUUGUUUCUUUGUAGAAUGAAAAUGUAUUGUAUUAAUUGGUUUUUUGUUAAUGUAUUUUCAAAUCAUUCAUUAUAGAUUGGAAUUUAAAAUAAAAAACUUUUUCAAAGACU